AUGGAGCAGGAAGCGCUCUCUUUCGCGCGGGUCGGGGCGUGGGCGGGGCGCGGGCGAGGCUCGCCCGGGGGCGAUCGGGGCGGGCGGGCGCUCGCGUUACGAGCGGACGCGCGUCGCCAUUUGGCCGCCGCCGCCGCCUCCGGGAGGCGCGGCUGCCAAAUUGCGCUCGCAAUUGCGUAUCGCUCGGCGGGCGCGACGGCGGCGGGCCGAGGGCGGGGCCGGCGGAGGUGUUGGACGUGGCGACGGCGGUGGGCGGCGGCCCGCGUUACUGGGGACGACGCUAAUUCCCUAACUACAUACUGCUGCAAGCAGACACUUGCCAUGCGGCAGACUAUAAUGAAAGAACAAUGUUCUAACCUGCGCUUCCAGCCCAGUUUCGGAAAGUACAAAUUUGAGAAUACAAAGGACUCAAAUUUAUACAAUUUCCAUAGUGGUUUCAAUUCAUCCCAAUGGUGUAAAGCCUUGGAGACUUUACCGAUACACAAGGUAACUGUCUUUGUCGUCAACUCUUCCGCGUCGUGGAGACACCAUAACCUCUCCAGUAUAUUAAAUAUUAAUUCGAGUACAUUUUCUGCAAAAACGAAGAAAAAAGAAGUCAUUAAAACUGGAAAGAAAAAAACAUUCAUCGAUUUAAAUAUUUCUAAAGCUCAUACAGAUAUAUCAUUUACAUUUAAGAAAAAAGUUUUUGUAGAGAAUGUUCUGUGUGUAUUAAUAUUUGUGAAAAAUGUGACGUUAUAUUUGCUCCUGCAAAUAUGUAUUAAAUGA